AUGGAACCACAUAUUUCAGAAAUUUUCUCGUUCUCAGAAUCUGCAAAGGAUUUAUGGAAGUCUGUUGCUAGUCUGUAUGGCUUACGGAAUAAUGCUGCUCGGGUGUUUGAGCUGAAACGUGAGAUUGCUGAGGCUGAACAAGGUACGAAAAGUUUUACUGAGCAUUUUGGUUAUUUAAAAAAGAAGUGGGAUGAACUUGAUACAUAUCGUCCUCAUACAACUGAUGCCAAAUCUCUCUUGAAGAGGGUUGAGGAGGAUAAAAUCUUUGAUGUGCUCAGUAGCCUCAAACCAGAGUAUGAAUCUCUUAGAAGCAUUAUUCUCAUGAGUGCUGAAUUGCCAAACCUAGAUACAGCUGAAUCCAGUGCUCUUAUGAGCUACAAAGAUGAUAAACGAAGAGCCGUGCCAUUUGAUAAGGACAAGAACUCUCGUGCUAAGGCUAAUUUUGACAAAAAUAAGCUUGCUCGAGCUGCUGUAGCUGAUAAUUCAUCCUUCACCAUAGACCAAUUGAAGGAUUUCUUUAACCAGUUGGGUAAUAAGACUGAGCGCAAGGCCACACAUGCUUCAGUUCAUGCAUUUAUUCGCAGCUCUCAUAAAGAUUUUUCUGUUGCUAAUGGCUCUACUGCUCCUGUGAUGGGCAGUGGGAAAGUGAAUUUUUUUCCAGAUUGUCCGCCAUCUAAUGCACUUGUUGUUCCAUCGGUUCCUACUCAGUUGUUAUCUGUUGGCCAAAUCACUAAUUCUCUGAAUUGUGAUGUUACAUUUACCCCUACCUCGGUCAUCUUUCAGGAUCGAAAGACGAAGAAGAAGAUUGGUCGAGAUGAUUGGUCACGUGCUACAUGGAUUUACUUACUCAAAUCCAAAACUGAAGUUUCAUCUGUAUUUGCGGAUUUUCAUUGUAUGAUACGCAACCAAUUUGAUGCACAGGUUACAAUUUUUAGAUCAGAUAAUGGCACUGAGUUUGUCAAAGGCCUUUUUCCAGGUUAUUUGCGCAGUCAUGGUAUUAUCCAUCAAACUAGCUGUGUUGGUACCUCGCAGCAAAAUGGUGUUGCUGAACGGAAACUCCGUCACAUUCUGGAAACAACUCGUGCUCUUAUGAUUCAGAUGCAUGCAAAGCAUCGUGAUAAACUGGAUUCACGGGCAACCAAAUGUGUGUUCUUUGGUUACUCAUCUACAAAAAAAGGAUAUAUUUGUUAUCAUCCACCCACUAGAAAGCUACAGAUUUCUCGUGAUGUUGUGUUUGAUGUAACAGUGGCUUACUUUCAGUGUGACUCUGGAAGUCGGUCUCAGGGGGAGUGUUACACAGAUUUGGAACCACUUCCAGUUAUUAAUGAGAUACAUACUGCAACAGAUUCCCAUAGAGAUAAUGGUGGUGGGGUAGAAUUGGUGGACUUACCUAAUGCAGUGUUGGAUGUGCAUAAAGAAGCAGUUCAUGAGGAAGCUUCAGACAAUAAUGUUAGUGUUACUCAUGAUGAUACAUGA